AUGCAGACUUCCCUUCCCACUGAGGAGAUUACCCAGGCCCUGGCAAAGAUGGGUUAUGAAGUGAUGAGGUCCGAUAAUGCCGGCCGAUUCGUCUGCAACUAUGUAUACUAUCAUUCCUUCACUUCGCAGAUCAACACGGAAUCAAAUCGCUCUUUGUACACGUGCCUCCCUUCUUCACUAUAG